UUUUUUUACAUUUAAUUUGUAUGUUGGUAGUGGCGUAUAUUAUAUUACACUUUUAAACACAAUACAAUUCUAUACUUAUUGCUAUUAACGCGUCAUUGGUCCGUUUUAUUGAUGUUAUUCAAACAUACCAGCAGCGAGAUUUUUUAUUGGUUCAAACGUGUUAGACUGGUUGCCAAGAGACGGCUUGCCGAUAGACAACUAAAGAUGUCGUCAAGUUUCUCCGCAAACCAGUACGACAACGCUUUCAAGCCGAAUAAACUCCAGAACUGGACGGUACCAAAACAUUACAAAAAUGAGCCGUCGCCAGCAGAGGGCGACACUAUAUUUAUAGCCACAGACAGAGGACACCUGCUUCCUAAUGUGAAGCGUGGCUGUCCCUGGACCUCAUUCCAGGGAACCUGGGACUUACCAAAGCAUAUCCCAUUCGUUCACGUUAACCCUACAGCACGCUCACAGGAGGGCCAGCAGCGCCUGAGGGCAUGGGGGAAGGUGCAGAACCCAGUUACAUCACCCCCUGGCAAACUAAAUGCAACCAACAAAAACAGAAGGACACCACAGUGCAAGGGCACUAGUGAUGAUCAUGAGUAUAUGGAAAUUUCUAAGUGCACUCCUGCUCCAGAUAGACCUGAACUGGAAAGGCCCCCAUCGCAGACCAGUCGAGCUCAAACUAGACCUACAACUCAGCAAAGUCAAGUACAGUCUAGACCAGCAACUCAGCAAAGCCAUGUCAUGUCUCGACCAGCCUCUACACAAAGCCAGGCCAAGUCCAGACCACUGACACAGACCAGCAAUCAAGAUCAGUAGAGCAGCUAAUGCAUGAAAAAAUAGCCAUACAGUAGUGUAAUGAUAGUAUAAAUUUAGUGGUGCAAAUCUGAAUGUAUGUUGACAGUCAAAAUCUGAAAAUAAUUUCAAGAAUAUGA